ACCACCGACCCGAGCGAAUACGGCAUUCAAAAUGUGCGAUUAUUUAGGACUUUCAAAAAGUGUUUCCUACCAAGUGCUCUCUACUUGCAUCAUUAACAUUAUAAAUCUUUCCCAUGGAGCAGCACUAGGAUGGGUUUCACCUUUUCUUCCGUUGCUUCAAUCGGACGAUUCCCCGCUAGAAACUGGUCCGAUUAGUGUUGAGCAAGGAUCAUGGAUUGGAUCAAUAUUAUGUUUGGGUGGACUAGCCGGAGCCGUUAUUUACGGCUAUCUUGCUGCUACACUUGGUGUGAAGAAAAGCAUUAUUUGCAUAAUAAUUCCAAACAUGGGAUUUUGGCUUAUCGUUCUGUUCGGAACAUCCGUUUACCAUUUGUAUAUUGCGAGAUUUCUGGAAGGAGCAGCCGGAUGCGGAGUAAUCGUUACAUUCCCGUUAUUUAUAGCUGACAUAUCUGAAAGCAGGAUUCGAGGAGUGCUCGGUUCAGUUUUAGCAUUGACUGGAAACUCAGGUAUUCUACUGAUGUACAUAAUAGGAGAUUGUCUGCCAUACAGGACCGUCCCUCUGGUGAUGAUGACUUUGCCGAUAGCGUUCUUGAUUGCAAUGAACUUCAUACCUGAAACGCCUCAAUCAUUGCUGAGGCAAAGAAAAAUAGAGGAUGCUCGCCGUUCGCUCAUGUUCUAUAGAGGAGUGAAACACCAUCCAGACAAUACUGCAGAAAUCAAGCUGGAAUUUGAACAAAUGAAAACGUUCAUCCUUGCAGCUAAAGUCGACAGUCACAGAAUCAGUUUGAAGGACUUUUCUUCUCCCGCUGCAAUAAGGGGCAUCUCGGUUGGAAUCUUCUUGAUGUUCCUGAAUCAAUUUUGUGGAGUUUUCGCGAUCCUAACCUACGCCGUCUCAAUCUUUAGUGAAUCCGGUUCCAAACUGGAUCCAGGGACAUCAGCUAUCAUAAUGGGUGCGAUUCAAAUCUUUGGAACAGUUGCGUCCUUCAUCUUUAUAGAUUUGGCAGGAAGAAAGAUUCUUCUGGUGGUAUCAACUUUAGGCACGGGACUUGGGUUAACAAGUUUGGGGAUGUUUGCUUGGUUGGUAUCGCACGGUUCUGAUCUAUCGAACUUCGAUUGGAUACCGAUUGUUAGUCUCUCGGCAACUGUGUUCAUGUUUUGUGUGGGACUUUGCAGUAUACCGUUUUUCGUGUUGCCAGAGAUGCUACCAGCAAAGAUAUGUAAUGCUGGGAACGCAAUCAGUAUGAUAGCGGUUUCAAUAUUCUCGUUCAUCACUGUCAAGUGGCUGAAAAUGAGUGGACAGACAAAUCACCACCAGGUUGAACGACUCGUUGAACCAAUGAAAGCGAAUGUAAACAUUGCUCGAGGUAUUUGUGGAAGCAGUUCAAAUAGAAUCCCGGUUACGGAAAAGUGGAAGGAAUUCACUGUGGAGCUUAAUGCACUGAGACCAUCAAUGCGUCUUAGUUCAGAAUGACAGAAAAUUUGGAUUGACAUGAGGUGAAAGGUAAAGAAAACACUAGCACACAACAAGCGAGAACUCAGGGACACAGGUGGUGGCCAAAUACAAUGAAGCUAUUGACGCCGCUGCAACAAAAAAAAAUUACAUGCAAAAAAAUUGUUUUGCUAA